AUGGCUCAAGUAUUCUCUGAAAAAGACUUCCACGACAAGAUUGUCCUCAACUACACCGAUGUUAUUGGUGAAAAGUUGGGUGGGAAAGUGUUGAAAUUCUCAGACCAAUGGUUUGCCGAGGCAGCCAACUUGAUCAAGCCUAAGGCUCCUAUCAGAGACGCCACCAGGUUCGUAUUUGCUGGGGCUUGGUACGACGGUUGGGAAACCAGAAGACACAACGAGGCAGAAGCCGAUUGGGUCAUAAUAAAGUUGGGAGUUUCUUCCGCAAAUAUAAUUGGGGCAGAGAUUGACACUGCUUUUUUCAACGGGAACCACGCCCCGUUCAUUUCUGUAGAAGGAGUUCAAUUGCUGGACGACAACGUCGAUUCGAUCCAAGAGCAAGACUGGGAGAUCAUAAUCUCUAAGGUCGAGUGUGGACCUUCUCAAAAACACUUCUUUGUCAGAGAUAGUGUCACUGACAAGAACUACACCCAUGUCAGAUUGAGAAUGUACCCUGAUGGAGGCAUAGCCAGAUUCAGAUUAUAUGGAUCUGUGGUUCCCAUUCUCCCUACGGACAAGAACACUGUCUUAGACUUUGCUUCUGUCAAUAACGGUGGUGUAGCAAUUUCUGUAAGUGACCAGCACUUUGGAUCUGCUGACAAUUUGUUGUUGCCAGGUAGAGGGCAUGAUAUGUCUGAUGGUUGGGAAACAACCAGAUCCAGACAGCCGGGCCAUGUUGAUUGGGUAAUCAUCAGAUUGGGAGCAGUGGCCAAUAUCAAGGAAAUUAUAAUUGAUACAGCCCACUUCAGAGGUAAUUUCCCUCAGAAAAUCAAUGUCAAAGGCAUUAACGUUGUCGACGAGUCCAAGUUGCCGGAUGCAAAGGACAAGGAAUGGGAAGUUUUGGUGGAUGACACCAAGACAGGUCCAGACAAGGAGCAUAGCUUCACCAUAAAAAAGUCCGAUUCUUACUCUCACGUGUUGUUGACCAUUAUUCCAGACGGUGGGGUCAAGAGAGUAAGAGUGUUCGGUACUAUUGCGUAA